GCCGAGGGGGACUGCAUUUCCUAUGGCCCCCUGCGACCAUGCAGGCGCGGAGCCUUUUGGGAAAUGAAGUCUUUUUUCGAAGAGCUUGCCGCCCUGCUGGAUCCAGGCUCUGGCAUCCGGUCAUAGUCGAGGCGUUUGGAGGGAUAAGAACCUAGAUGUGGAGCCCGAAUUUGAGGGUGCGCAGUGGGCCCUUGAGGAUCUCCGAGUGGAAAGUGUACUUCAAACUCGCAAUCAUCACGCGCCUCGGCGGCGGCGGCAGCCCACCUGGGUGGGCCUAAUUUGUUCACGACCCUAGCGGACCAAGCGCGGGACGGGGUGGAGUCGAGGUGUAGGGGGACCCGGAGACCGGGAUGCCAGACCAAGGGACGGACUGAGCCUAGUGUUGACAAAGGUGUUUAGAGUUCAAAGGUCAGAGGUCAAUGCCGCGAGUUGUUAUAGAGGAUCGAAAGUCGGAGGGUGGUGCUGAGGAGAGUCUCGUGGAGGGACUGAAUACUCAGGGUACAGCUUUGUGGGACAGGGGCUUGGAGGAGGAGAAGUGACAGGGGAAGGGGAGCGUAGUGCUGGGGGAGACAGGAGACUUGGGAGAGAAGACAGAAGAGAAAAGGACCCCCCUGGUUAUCCGUCUCCAGACCCCGGGCCGAUCACUGUCGGUCCCUUAGCCGAGCCUCCAGCACUUGCAAGCCCAGCUGCCCGCAGAGUGAAGGGAUGGCUUCUCCCUCUAGACAGGCCCCCCUCGGGGGCUCAGGACUGCUUCAAGGGAGCCGGGCUCGUUCUUACGGAAGCCUGGUGCAGUCCGCCUGCUCCCCAGUAAGGGAAAGACGCUUGGAACAUCCGCUGGCGCCCGGAGACACCCUGGCUGGACUAGCACUCAAAUACGGGGUGACGAUGGAACAGAUUAAGCGUGCAAACCGCCUUUAUACUAAUGACUCCAUCUUCCUGAAGAAAACCCUCUACAUCCCCAUCCUGACAGAGCCCAGAGACUUGUUCAAUGGUUUAGAUUCCGAGGAGGAGAAAGAUGGAGAGGAAGAGGGACAGCCGAGGAAGGAUAAAGCUGGGCCACUCUCAGCAGAGAGGAAGAAACAAGAGACAGGUGCAGGACGCGCCAACGGCCAAGCCCCUCCCACACCUGGCCAGGAACCCCCGACCCCCAUCCAGGACCUCUCCGCCUCUGAUUUCCUUAAGAAGCUUGACUCACAGAUCAGCCUGUCAAAGAAGGCUGCCGCCCAGAAGCUGAACAAGGGGGAAAGUGGGGCACCUGGGGAGGAUUCAGGUCUUCGCCUGAGCCCCCCUCGGAUGCAGCAACGAGCAGUCCUAGGUCCCGUGCCGCUGACCCGGACCUCUCGAACUCGGACACUUCGGGACCAGGAAGAUGAAAUCUUCAAACUCUGAUGUCCCCAGAACUGACUGAGAGAAGCAAGAUGUUGAAGGAGCAACUCGAGGGGGAGGGGAGCCUGCGGUGAGGCUCUAGAACCGGCUUCCCAGCCCGCCUCCCGUCUUCCCCAGCCUCCUGUCCAUCGAAAGUUCCUUGGCCUGGGCCAGUUUUACUGGCAAGAGUAGUGCGUGGAGAGUAGACCCCUUCUCAGUUCUCCGGCUGACUAGAGUCGUCCUUCAGGUUCAAAGGCUCUUUUUACAUCCCUGCUGCCUUUCCCAUCCCUUUCACCAGUCCUGGCCUUAGAGCAGGGAGGCAGGGACUCUCCCAGCCCCCAACUUCCUCACCAUGUCCCCCUAUGUUACCUAAUUUAUUUGGUGCUAUAUUGAAGUAAUAUUUAUUUGCUGCAUCUUAUUCUUUCCCACUCUUAGCUGAAAAAUGGGAUUUCUGUACCCCUGGGAUGAAGGGGACCCAGGAACAGUGAGCCAGUGACUGCUGGCUCCCCAUCUUCCCCACCUUCUUAGCCAAGCAUGUUACUGAGGACAGAGCAAUCAGUGACCUAGCCCGCUGCAGAAAUGGCCAGGCCUGUUCCCCAGUCUCACGAUAAAGAAUCGGCUCCGUCUUGACUAACCAGUUCGCUGUAAGUUUUCACAACUCUUACUCUGAGACAAAACAGCGAGGUGGGGACUGGAACUCUCCACGCCACCAGUUCGGCCUUCUAACCUGCUCCUCUGUCAGCCUGUGUGAGACUAAGGGGUGGAAGAAUUUCCUUGAAAUUUAGAGAGGACAGUCGUGGAGUCCUCGUGUCGUGGGGGUCUUUUGGUUAUAACCCUUCCCCACCAGAGCCUGUCGACCUAUGCCUUGCUCCUCGCUGCGUUAUUUAUUCGCAAUUUGUAGCCCUGAUCUGCAGUACAGUUUUGGGGGGGUUUCUUAAACAGAAGUAGGAAAUAUGCCUGUCUCCUGUGUGGAAAUGGCAGUGCUUAGAGAAGUGGCGUUUCUCCUUCCUCCGUGGCGAUCACGAGAUAUAAGAAGCUGGAGAGAUUAAACGUUGAGCCCUGUG